AUGUUUCCUAUGAAAUAUCUAUUCUAUUUUAUUCUUUUACAUUUGAUUACUGGUCAUCCUCAAAUCAAUCUUCAUCAUACAAAUUGGGUACGUGAAAAUGAAAAUAAUGAUGUAUUACAACAUGAUUGUUUGCGUACUGAUGUUUUAAUUGAAAAAGGAAAUUUCAGUCGUGAAAUAAUAUCUUAUUGUAUUAGUGAAUUACCACCGAAACUGCAUGUCGAAAAAAAUAAUUUUUUACAAAAAUUUACUUUUGAUGAACUUUCAAUAAAAAAUAUAACAAGUCACCAAUUGUAUCUUUGGUCAGCACCAAUUGAUAUUAUUGAAGAUUAUCAAUUCUAUUUAAAUCAAUUAUCAGUAACAAAUGAUUUAGAAUUAUCAAAAAACGUCUUUUAUAAUUGUACAUUACCAAGAUUUGGUCCAAUGUGUCAAUAUGAAAUUGUUCAUCAUCAUUCAAAUUAUCCAUCUUUAUAUGAAAUGAUUAAUGGUUUAUAUCACAAUAGUUCAAAAAAUCUACCUCAUAUCACUUGUUAUAUUCAUUUACAAUGUAAUCGUGGUCAUCCUCCAGCAUGUUUACAUUGGACUGAAAUUUGUAAUGGACAAAUUGAUUGUCUUAAUGGUGGAGUUGAUGAAGAAUAUUGCUGGCAGCUUGAAAUAAAUGAAUGUAAUGAAGAUGAACAUCGAUGUGCUAAUGGACAGUGCGUACCGAAACCGUUUUUUCAAGAUGAUACUUAUGCUCCUGAUUGUUAUAAAGCUGAACCUAGCAAUAUAAUGUGGGAUAGCUUGUAUUCUACUAAAGACAAUUCAACAUCUAAUAAAUGUUGGUCUGCAUUUCUAUGCGCUAUAAUGAAUGCAAGAAAAGCAAUGUUUAGUAUAAAAUGUAAUGAUAUUUGUGAAUACAAUCAUAAGUGUCUUGAAAUCAUCGAAUAUAAUUGUCCAAAUAUGUUAUAUAUACCAACUAUUCCAGUUUUAUUUGGUGAUAUUUAUUUUGCUCAUGAGAAAUACAAUUCAACAAUAUCGAACAAUCGAAUAUUUCAGUUUCCUUAUAUAUGCUAUAAUAAUUCUCGUUAUAAUGAUCAUUUUAAUGAAGAUUCAAAUAACAAAUAUAGCUAUUCAAUUAUAUCAUUCAAUAAUCGAACGUGUCAUCGUCGUAUUGUUCCAUGGUUUCUCGAUCAAAUUCAGACCAUAACAUUACCCAUGUUCUAUUUAGAAUACUUACCCCCAAAACUUUUGCGAUACCAUGAAAUUUAUAAUUAUAAUUCUACAAUUUGUAAUAGAUCGAAUAUGUAUCAAUGUUCAAAUUCAUUGAAAUGUAUUUCUAAACAUCGUCUCAUGAAUGAUAGAAUUGAUUGUCCUAAUAGUGAUGAUGAAAAUAAAACUUGGCUGAAUUAUACUGAUUCAACAGAAGAAAUUAUAGGCAUAGAUUCACAGACAGAUAAAGACUUAAUACCGAAGAUACAAUAUGCAAGAAAAAAUAUUUCAUUUCAAACAAUUUGUGAUGGAUAUACUGAAUUAUUACCAAUAACAAUAGAUGGACGAAAUGAAACAGAUGAAACUGAAUGUGAACAUUGGCCAUGUAAUAAUAUUUAUACGAAUUGCGAUGGUAUGUGGAAUUGUCUUAAUGGUGCAGAUGAAAUUGAUUGUGAUUUAUCCUCUCCAUCGUUAUUAAACUGUUCUUCAAAUGAACACAAAUGUAUUUCACCUGAGACGAAUCAAUUUAUUUGUUUACCAAUUAGCAAAGCAAAUGAUGGUAAAGUUGAUUGUCUUGGGGCUACCGAUGAACCAACAUUAUGUCGCAUAGAAUAUACAAAAACUAAUUACUAUAACUUCUAUUGUAGGAAUCACCGUUCAAAACAAUGUCUGGAUUUUCUCCAACUAUGUAACAAUAGGGAAGAUUGUGACUAUGGAGAUGAUGAACAAUUUUGUACAACAUAUAAGCAAGCGCCAAGCGUGACUAUUUGUUUGGCGCACGAACGCCCAAAUGCUUCUGAUGUCGAGAAUUUUUUAUGCAACCAAAUAGAGAAUUAUACAAAACCAAUAGUUGUAUACUUUACUCUUGAUGGAAUGAAAAAUUCGGUCAAUAAUCUAACAGAACACAUAGAAAAUAAAGAACAUACAAGUGUAAUUUCAGGUGAAAACGAAAAGCAUGAUCUACUUCAACUUCGUUGUUAUGAUGGUAUUGACUUACGCGUUUGGUUAAAUGAUAAGAAUAAUAUAACCAAAACUCUAUGUCUUUGUCCGCCUGAUUAUUAUGGUGAUCAAUGUCAAUAUCAAAAUCAACGAGUAAGUUUAUCACUUAGAUUUCAAGCAAAAUCUGAUUCAUGGCAAAUACCAUUUGCAAUUGUUAUUUUAUUAAUUGAUGAUGAUAAUGAACAAAUGAUUCAUUCAUAUGAACAAUUGACUUAUUUAUCAAUGAGAGAUUGUGAAAAUAAAUCUCAUUUUAGUUUAACUUAUUCAAAUCGACCAAAAAAUGAAACAAAAAAUUAUGGAAUACAUAUUGAUAUUUAUGAAAAAAUAUCAUUAAAAUAUCGAGCAAGUUUAUUUUUUCCAAUUCAAUUUUUAUUUUUACCUGUUAAUCGCUUAUCAUUACUCAUUGAUAUUCCAAAUCGUGAUAUUAUUAUGGAAAGUUGUUCCAUUAGUUUAUGUAUUAAUGGUCGAUGUAUUAAAUAUUUCAAUGAUAAACAAAAAAGAUUUUGUCAUUGUGAUACUGGAUGGUCUGGUCGUUAUUGUACAAUUCAACAUUCUUCAAUAUGUUCAUCUGAUUCAUUAGAUAUUGGUAUUUCUUCUUCUACUGAUCAAUCAAUAUGCGUUUGUCCUAUUUAUAAAUUCGGUUCUCGAUGUCUUCUUAACAAUAUGAUAUGUCAAAAUUUAACAUGUCAAAAUGGCGGUCUAUGUAUUCCCAUGGAUGAAUAUAUGUUAUCGAAGAAACGAUUUAUAUGUAUUUGUCGAAAAGAUUAUUUUGGAGAACGAUGUGAAUUAGAAGAUAAUAAAAUAAUUUUAUCAUUUGAAAAAUCUAUUAUUGUACCACAAUCAAUAUUUAUUCAUUUUAUUGAAGUUAUGAAUCGUGAUAGACCAGUGAGAUUAACUACACUUCAAACAAUUUCUGUUCAUCAAGAUUUUAUUACAAUAUUUUGGUCAAGACCAUAUCAUAUUGUUUUUAUUGAACUUAGAAAAAAUUAUUAUUUAACUUUAGUUCAAAGUGUUUAUAAUGAAUCAACAAUAAAUGAUAAAAUGAUAAAACCAUCAGAUCGUUGUCAACAUAUAAAUGAAAUAUUUAAUGAUAGUAUGGCUAAAUUAGAUCUUAUUCGUCGUAUAAAAUAUUAUCAUUUACCCUGUCAAAUGUAUUCAUUAAAUCGUUCUUGUUUUUAUGAUGAUACUCAGUUUUGUUUAUGUUAUAAUUAUGGUCAAAUACGUUUGGCUAAUUGUUUUGAAUUUAAUCAUAAUAUGAUAUUUGAUUGUCGAGGUCAUAAUGAAUGUCAAAAUGGAGGAAAAUGUUUUCAAGAUACACCAAAAUGUCCUCAAAAAUUCAUAUGUAACUGUCCCCGAUGUUAUUAUGGAAGACGAUGCCAGUUUACUACCAGUGGAUUUGGUUUAUCACUUGAUAAUAUCUUAGGUUAUCAUAUUCUACCACAAACUAGUAUUAUACAUCAAACAAGUAUUGUAAAAGUAAGUAUAGCAUUGACUACAAUCUUUAUGAUAGUAGGCUUUAUUAAUGGUAUUCUUUCACUAAUUACAUUUAAAAAUAAAAGUGUACGUGAAGUUGGUUGUGGAAUAUAUCUAUUAGGUUCAUCAAUUACAACAUUAUUAACAAUGAUUAUAUUUGGAUUGAAAUUUUGGAUACUUAUUCUUGCUCAAAUGUCUGUUAUAUCGAAUGAAUUAUUUUUAAAAAUUCAAUGUAUUUCUGUAGAUUAUCUAUUUCGAAUUUGUCUUAAUAUGGAUCAAUGGUUAAAUGCAGCUGUAGCUUGUGAACGAGCAAUAACUAUUAUCAAAGGUACGAACUUUGUUAAAAAGAAAAGUAAACAAGCAGCUAAAUUAGUUAUUCUUCUUCUUUUAAUCUUUAAUAUUGUUAUAUUAAUUCAUGAUCCGAUUUAUCGACGUUUAUUGAUCGAUGCAGAAAAUGAUAAUGAUUAUGAAAAAAGAAUAUGGUGUAUUGUUGAUUAUUCACCUAGUUUAGGAGUAUUUAAUUAUGUAUUACAUACUUUUCAAUUUUUCGUACCAUUUAUGAUUAAUCUUAUCGCAGCUGUGAUUCUUAUAGUGAAGAAAAUUAAUCAACAAUCAACUGUUCAAGCUAAUCGAAAUCGUAAAGAAAUUAUACGAGAAAAUUAUCAACAACAUAGACAUUUAUUUAUUGCUCCUGUUGUAUUAGUUAUUCUUGCAAUACCACGUUUAGUUAUUUCUUAUUCAUCAAAAUGUAUGAAUACAAGUAAAGACGCAUGGUUAUUUCUUGUUGCAUAUUUUAUUUCAAUUAUUCCACCUAUGCUUACUUUUAUUAUAUUCAUAUUACCAUCAAAAUUUUACAAAAAAGAAUUUCACAAUACUAUUAAUCAGUAUCGCACUGAUAUACGAAGACGUUUACAUCUUGCACAAUAA